CCGUCAUAUAAAUGAAGGAGAGUGACGUUGUUUUCACAGGCUAACUCGUAUCUGGGGUCGCCGCAGUUCGCCGGGUCAUCUGGUAGUCGAAAUGGAUGUGAGAUGUUUGUGAUAAUGCCGCAGCGAGACGGAGCACAGAUUGGAGAAAUCACCUCCCCAAGUUGGAACCCCGUUCACAUGCGUUCAUUUUGGAUGAGGCAUGCGACAUGUUAUUUAAUACUUGUGCAGACUGAAAUCUGAAUCCUUGUUUCAGAUAAAGGGGAAAAACUUUCCCAUUCAGAAAAAAAGGGAAAAGACUUCGAUGAUGAUGUUUUGCCAUUACAGAUUGUUGUUGUUGGCUAUAAUUCAGGUAUUGGUGUUGCUUCUGAAACUAGGCAAUGGUGAAAUUGUUCCAUGGCAUUUCAAUGGAACGGCGAUUGAGUUCCCAUCAAUUCCUGCUCUUAAAGGAGUAAGUCUCAAAGUCGUAGACAUGUACUAUGAUUACCACGUCUUAGCCACAAGAGAUCCAGAAGGUUGUCUUCCCAAACUCUUUCUAAAGCUCUACCACUCAUCCUUUUAUCCUUUCCUGUUUAAUCUAUUGUAUCCUCGGACUUCCCAAACAUUCACAAAUAUUACUUUCUUUGAUUGUUCAUCGGCCAAGUACUUGGAAAACGUAAACUUACCGCCAAGACAGAACGUGUCUGUUUGCCCCAUUUUUGCCUUGGACUCAAAUGAUAUUAUCCUAGAUUGGGACAUAAUUUUCUGCACCAAGAUGGUUGAGUUAUUUUCGCCAAUAAGCGCAUUGCCCCUUCGGGCGAAUGAAUUACGAUUCCAACUACCUGUUGGUUUUUUUUUUGGGCCAAAUCCAACUACCUGUUGUUGAAAAGCACAAAACCAGGAAGAUAUUUAGAGUUGCUUUACCAGCUACAGGUUCAAUUGUUCUGAUGUUGAUGUUCAUUGCGUGCUUUGGCAUAUUUCGCUACUUCAAACAGAAAGGAGAUGAUCAAGCAAGACUCGAAAAGUUUCUGGAGGAUUAUAAUGCACUGAAGCCUACUAGAUUCUCACACGCUGAUAUCAAAAGAAUUACAAAUAAUUUUAAGGACAAAUUAGGUGAAGGAGCUCAUGGAACAGUCUUUAAAGGUAAGUUAUCUACUGAAAUUCAAGUGGCUGUCAAAGUACUCAAUAAUUUAAACAACAAUGGUAAUGACUUCAUUAAUGAGGUGGGGAUCAUAGGCAAAAUUCAUCACAUCAAUGUUGUUCGUCUGUUGGGUUUUUGUGCUGAUGGCUUUUACCGUGCUCUUGUUUAUGACUUUUUUCCAAAUGGUUCCCUCCAAAAGUUCAUAUCUACUCCAGACAACAAAGAAAAUUUUCUUGGAUGGUUAAAGCUACAGCAAAUAGCUCUUGACAUAGCCAAGGGGAUUGAAUAUCUUCAUCAAGGUUGUGAUUACAGAAUUCUUCACUUUGACAUUAAUCCUCAUAAUGUGUUAUUAGAUCUCAAUUUUACUUCUAAAAUUUCUGAUUUUGGUCUAGCUAAAUUGUGUUCUAAAAAUCAAAGUACGGUGUCAAUAACAGCAGCAAGAGGAACUUUAGGUUAUAUUGCACCAGAAGUUUUCUCUCGAAACUUUGGAAAUGUGUCAUAUAAGUCAGAUAUCUACAGUUAUGGAAUGUUAUUAUUAGAAAUGGUUAGUGGAAGGAAAAAUGUUGACACAAGUAAAAAAACUUUGCAAGUUCUAUACCCAGAAUGGAUCCAUAAUUUGAUUGAAGGAGGAGAUAUAAAUAUUUGCAUAGAAGAUGAAGAUGACAUGAGGAUUGGAAAGAAACUAGCAAUUGUGGGACUUUGGUGUGUUCAAUGGCAUCCGAUAAAUCGUCCAUCUAUAAAAACAGUUAUGCAAAUGCUUGAAGGAGAUGUAGAUAAAUUAAAACUGCCUCCCACUCCAUUUAACUUUGGUGGAUCAGCUAGUACAAGUACCAUUGUUCCUCCGAGACACUUGAAUUUAGAGUUAAAAGUGAUUCAUGAAUUAGAAUAAAUAUGUAUAUCAUGGACGGGUGGUUUAUCCUUUUUUACUUCGAUUGAGAAUAGUUUGUAAUGUUUUUCAUAUUUAUUCAAUAAAUGAACCCUUUUAUCAUCUA